CUGCAUGAAGGGAGCAGGCAGUGGUGAGGACAGCCAUGAGGGGGGGGCCCUGCCUGGCAGGACACAUUGCCAUGAUUGCCUGCACACAGACUCAGUUCCUGGCUGAGGAGGAGGAAGAGCCGUGUUAUUGUGAGCUGGGAAGUGACAGUAUGGCAGGAAGCCUGUGUGUGUGUGACAGGAAGGGAAGGCUGCUCUCUGCAUGCAUGUAACACUGUGUCAGGCUGGGGGCUGGCUGCUGCUGGGUUGAUACAUUUCCACUUAUGCUACUUUCAGGGUUGGCAACAGGUACAAGUGCUGCAUGAGCGAGUGAUGGAGCCUGCCAGGGAGCUGCCAGUGCUGUAGUGUCCUGUGUGAAGCCCUGCAGGCUGUGCCAUUGGGUCACUGUGCUGGGAGAAGUGCAUAGAGUUGUGUAACCCCAUGCAGGAUGCACUGUGAGUAGCAGCUUCGUGCCACCUAGCUAUGUAGGGUAUUGGCUUCCUAUGCUGUGUCCCUGUGAGCUGCACUUUGUCCUGUGAUUGCACUGCGGCUGCAGCCUCGGUGGAGAACCCUGCUGUGUGGGCGCCUCUAGGUCUCAUUUGUCAGCGCGUGAUUGGCAGCGAUGGUGGCAUAGUGCCUGCGAUGGUUGCUGCCCCCCGGGUGGAUGUGCGCAUCUCCUGCGGUGCCUGCAGCACACAGCGGUGAGACUGGUCAGCUGGGGUGCCUGUUGGAAGCAUGGCUUGAAGUAGUGCUGGGCUGCCUGGAUUUUAGGGUGGGGGGUGACGGGGGAUGGACGGGGAAGGAGAACUUGCCAACACCAGUUCAGCAGCCUCCAGCGGCUCAGACAGGACCCCCGAAUCUGACAGGGCUGUCGUCAGCCGAAGGCACAGCGUCAAGACCUUCAGCGGGCUCCGCUUCUUCAGGCGCAGAAAAGCCAUUGCCAAAUCUGGAGCCCAGCACCUGACCUCCUCACCCAGUGUCCUGCACAGCGAGUGUGACGCACAAGUGCGCAGUACCGUGGACUGGAGUGAGGCGGCUGUGUACGGUGAUCACCUCUGGUUUGAGACAAAUGUAUCCGGAGAUUUUUGUUACGUGGGAGAGCAGAACUGCACAGCUAAGAUACAGCAGAAGUCAGCGUCCCGGCGUAAGUGCGCGGCAUGCAAGAUAGUGGUUCACACUCCGUGCAUCGAGCAGCUGGAGAAGAUAAAUUUCCGCUGCAAACCAUCGUUCCGUGAGUCCGGCUCCCGCAACAUACGGGAGCCAGUCAUUGUUCGGCAUCAUUGGGUCCACCGGAGACGCCAGGCCGGCAAAUGCCGGCAAUGUGGGAAGGGGUUCCAGCAAAAGUUUGCCUUUCACAGCAAAGAGAUUGUUGCGAUCAGCUGCUCUUGGUGCAAACUGGCGUACCACAAUAAAGUAUCAUGCUUCAUGCUGCAUCACAUUGAAGAGCCCUGUUCUUUAGGGGCCCACGCUGCUGUAAUAAUGCCCCCUACGUGGAUAAUCCGAGUGCGCCGGCCCCAGAGUUCGAUGAAGUCCAGUAAAAAGAAGAAGAGGCCGUCCUUUAAGAGGAAACCCAGUAAGAAAGGAGCGGAGGAACCCAGGAUGCGACCGUUUGUUAUCAGGCCUGGUCCCUGCCCACUCAUGAAACCUGUACUUGUAUUUGUCAACCCCAAAAGUGGAGGAAAUCAAGGGGUGAAGAUCCUUCAGUCCUUCAUGUGGUAUCUGAAUCCACGACAAGUGUUUGAUCUCAGUCAAGGUGGCCCAAAGGAAGCGUUAGAGAUGUAUCGGAAGGUUCCGUCAUUGCGCAUCCUAGCGUGUGGAGGUGAUGGCACUGUGGGCUGGAUCCUCUCUGUGCUGGAUCAACUGCACCUUUUCCCUCCUCCGCCUGUUGCAAUCCUACCUCUUGGUACAGGAAAUGAUCUUGCAAGAACCCUCAACUGGGGUGGGGGUUACACAGAUGAGCCUCUCUCCAAGAUCCUGAGCCAUGUGGAGGAAGGAGCUGUAGUCCAGCUGGACCGGUGGAACCUAGAAGUGGAGAGAAACUUUGAAGCCUAUGAGGAGGACAGAGCAGAGGGAGCAACAGAAAAACUGCCCCUGGAUGUGUUCAAUAAUUAUUUCAGCCUGGGAUUUGACGCUCGAGUUACACUGGAAUUCCACGAGUCCCGAGAGGCCAACCCAGAGAAGUUCAACAGCCGUUUCCGCAAUAAGAUGUUCUAUGCUGGGACUGCGUUCUCCGACUUCCUGACUGGCAGCUCCCGGGAUUUGGCCAAACACAUUCGAGUUGAGUGUGACGGCACGGAUCUGACCGCUAAAAUUCAGGAGCUUAAGUUACAGUGCUUGGUGUUUCUAAACAUCCCUCGGUACUGUGCUGGCACUAUGCCAUGGGGCAAUCCAGGGGAGCACCAUGACUUUGAACCUCAGAGGCACGAUGACGGGUGUAUUGAAGUGAUUGGCUUCACUAUGGCAUCACUGGCUGCACUACAGGUCGGGGGACACGGCGAGCGACUGAACCAAUGCCGGGAAGUCCUGUUAAGGACGUACAAGUCCAUUCCCAUGCAAGUUGAUGGUGAGCCGUGCAAAUUGGGACCCUCCGUGGUGAGGAUCAGUCUACGCAACCAGGCCAACCUUAUACAGAAAACCAAGAGGCGUACGUCUGUCCCUCUGCUCAACGAUCAGCAGCCGGUCCCGGACAGAUUGCGUCUACGUGUUAAUCGGAUCUCUAUGCACGACUAUGAGGCUUUGCACUAUGACAAGGAGAAGCUGAAGGAAGCCUCUCUCCCACUGGGAGUUAUUGUGGUCCCCGGAGACAGCGAUCUGGAGACAUGUCGUUUACACAUACAGCAGCUGCAGGAGGAUUUUCCAGAGUACCCCACAAUCUUGCAACGUCUUGACCUGAAGGAGAAUGGAACAAACAAGCCGCAGACUGUGUCCUCGCAGAAACUCUCGCCAAAAUGGUGCUUCCUGGAUUCCACCACUGCUGACCGCUUCUACAGGAUCGACAGAGCGCAGGAGCACCUGAACUUUGUGCUGGAAAUCUGUCAGGGUGAACUCUACGUCCUGGAUCCUGAGCUGAUCAUUACCCAGUCUGUGGGUACUUCUCCGGCGAUGCCUUUCAGAGACCAAUCCGCAAGCCCCACCAGCCAACAUUUCCAGUUCCCCCUCCUUCCACCGUCCUCUCCACCGAACUCCCCCUCUUUACCCGAGUCUCAGAAGGGGCCAUCACCCAGGGGAAGGACCUGUAGUGACAGCUCCGUGACUAAGCCAGAUCUAAAUUCUGGGGACAGGACAGAGAAUGACAUCUCAGAGGCUCACCCUGAUGAAGCUUUAUUGGAAUCUGCUAAAAUCAAUGAUCUUAAAAGGUUCCGUGAGGCCCAUCGUGCUGGGGGUAACCUAACUCAACAAGACUUGGACGGCUGCACUCUUCUACAUCACGCUGUGAGCGCCGGAAGCAAAGAGAUCGUCAAGUACAUCAUUGAGCAUGCUCCCUCUGAAAUCCUGGAUGUUGCCGAACAGAAGAAUGGGGAGACCGGGCUGCAUCUUGCAGCAUCUCUACGUCAGCGUACAAUCUGCCAUUACAUAGUGGAGGCGGGAGCGUCGCUCAUGAAGACAGACUUGCAGGGCGACACCCCAAAAAAUUGCGCUGAGAAGGCAAAGGACCCAGAGCUGGCCGCAUACCUGGAGAACAGGCAGCACUACCAAAUGAUUCAGAGGGAGGAUCAGGAAACGGCGGUGUAACUAGCGGCAGACCCUGAAAGAGGCUUAUUUCUUCCUACAGAAAAUCCUAAACUUCCUUGUCCUCUCACUAUGGGAGAAGACUGCACCUUGUCCCACCUCCUCCAAGAAGCCUUACUCCUUGACGUCCCAUUGGUUUUUACCAGGCUCCUGCUAGUAGAACCACUAGCUUAGUUAUAAACAUAUACUCUGGAGAAACAUUACGUAGAGCGGCGUCUCCUCGCUAAAUGCCUCUCCUAAACACUGCGAAGGAGUGCAAGCUCUGGACUAUACCGACUCCAUAACGUGCUUCAUUAAUUCCAACUCUUAUUGAUAUACUAACGCAUUUCACCCCUUAGCGACCUACUCACUGUGCUUAAACCCAGUGUAUCUGUAUUUUUCUACUCGCGUAUAAUGUCCUCCAGUUUAUGCCAAAGUCAUAGGACUCGCCCUGUGCUUCGGUUUUCCCCUCAGAUCCUGUGUAGGACAUACGGCUGUUCCUGCUCUUGGACAUUUGGUCUCUGAAAUUGGGGCUAGUUUACAUGUGUUUUUUGGGGAUUUUUUUUUUUAUGUUCACCUCUCAAGUGUUGGUCGUGUCACAUUUUGUUUGUGUAAAGGAAUAGCUGUUUUGUUUUUUAAUCCUCAUUAGGUUGUGUGCUGUGUAGAUGAGGGCACAUGUUGAAGUGUGUAUAUAUACAUAUGUACAUGACGUAUUUAGAACAGAGAGAGACCUGCCUUUCACACAGAUCCUAUCUUAUUUAUCAUAGUAUGGCUAGACCUGUGAAUUGGUCAGCGUAGGGUUAGUAAUUACCUCAGAAGAGGUGUUUUUGUAUAUAAAUUGUGUGACUAGCUAAUGCAUUUUUUUUGCCCAUGGUAUUAUUCAAGUGUUAAACCAUGUUUACACUGGAUCAUUAUAUCAUCUUCGUGUAGCCGUAUCUGCCAGUUUAGAAAGGUUUCCUAUUGACCUUUGUUCAUCCAUUUUGACAAUGUCGGCCAUCUUGUAGCCGUGAAUACUCCAUUCUGGUUGAGUGUCUGCUGCUUUUAAAGUGGUCCUAUUCCAUAACCCGGAAGAGACUGAACAUUUUGUGGCUGAUCUAAUGUACAGCCUACCAGUAACCAGAAAUAAAAGACUGAAUUCAUAUGACUAUUGGCCCAACCCACAAAAUGGCUGCCUCUAUUAUGUGUAGGUGAAGGGACAACGUUAAGAUUGGCAUUUUUGUGCAGUCGUUCCUCUUUAUCCUGCUAUUUUCGUUGAGACGGCAUGUUCAAAAUGGCUUUAGUUUUAUUUUAAUUUAUUGCCUAUUUUUCUUAUAGAUAUUUUUCAUUUGUCCUUUAUUUUUUUGGAUCAAGAUUAACGAAGCCUCUGACAAAGGAAUAACACUUAUUAGUGCAGAAUCCUGGUCAGUCUUAAUUGUCUUUUUAAAUUAAACACAGUUGCUCUGACAAUCAAGGAUUCAUUUCACAGGGGGAAGCAAGUGGCCUUUCUGUGUACAAGCUGUACCGAAUGUGGUGAAUUUGCUUUUACACUCCCUCCUCUGUCCUCGUUGCUGGUGUAAGUGAAGGGUGAACCAUUGCCAAUGGUCGCAGUCAGGCAGUGACAUCGAAACAAUACAUUUGCAGAGUGCAGAAUAAAGUCCUUUGAUACCUGAAUGUCUGUCUUAUGAGCAGUAAAAAAAACAGGCAUUGCCCGUGGUGAUUCCAUCAAGCUGGGUCAUACACUACCGACCCCAUUGUGUGUUUGACACUUUGUCACACCCACCUCUCUUGCUUUGAGCAAUUGACGAUCCAUAUGGUGGUUUGCAUGUGUUUUUGUGGUUUGUGUUGAGAUGACACUACACCCCUUUUGUUAAACAACACACAGUUGGCGCAAUCAGUUUAUCCUUCAGAAACGCCUUCUAUUCAAGUGAUUGAAUGAACAGUGUUAAAGUGACGUGCAUGUUGUACCUUAUCACCCUGAUGUAUCAUUGUAUGUACUUUGUUAUCUCAUAGCAAAACAGUUGGCGUUGCAUUGUAUUUUGUCACUGGUUUAUGCCGGUCAGGGGAAUAAUGGAAAUUUACAGGGCCAAAAACAAACGUGUAAAUCCAUCAAUAUUACUGUGUAUCGAUUUGGUUUCAGUCGGAUGAUAAUUUUCGGCUAAGAAUGAUAUCCUAAUUCCAACAAAAAAAAAAUUAUUUUAUUUUUUUGUUACUUUUUAAAGUCAUUCUUUUCUCUUUGAAAGAUUUCAGUGUCACUUUUUAUACAUAUCGCAUGGCAGUGUGAACUGGGUAUUUGCGUCACCAAUGUCACAGUAUUAAUGUCUUGUGGUCGCCUACGGACAAUUGCAGCAGCCAUUUUGGUGGGAUAUACCAGUAUUCACGUGAAUGCAGACGACGAGGUCACUAGGAUGCGGUGAUGUCAUCGAGGCACAAACCUGGCUUAGGAUGCGGUGACGUCAUCGAAGCACAAAAUGGCUGAACCCAUGCGCGUUAGAAGUCUGCCUAGCACUCAGGAACAAGGGACGUCACCAAUACCUGUUAAAAUAAAUUGCGUUCAUAUGAUUAUUGGUUGGGCCCACAAAAUGGCUGCCUCUGCUUUAGUAGACAGCAGGUACUCUGUAAUAAGAUAAACAAAAGGGGA